UUACAAUAUAAAUCUAUAAAUAAAUAAAAAAUUGCAUAUAAGGCAAAAAAAAAUAAAAAAUUAUCGCAUGCCGCUGCGGUUUCUGUUAACCGCACAGUGUGAUCAGGGGAGUCGGCCAUCUUGCUCGUCACCGUGCGCGUCCCCGGCGUCAUGAUCCAGGGCUUUGAACGGGAGUAACCCCGGCGGCGGGGAGACCUUUACUCUCCUUCCAGCGGGGACGAAGACGACACCGCCUCCCCCCACCUCCUCCAUACUCCUCCUUCUCCACCAGCACCAGGGAAACAUGGCGGCGCACAGCAAGUCCAUCCCGCAUAGCUGCUAUGAGAUCGGGCACACAUGGAACCCGUCGUGCUUCACCUCCUACCUGCAGAUCACGCAGAGCGCCAUGGAGGAAUCCCUAAAGAUCUACGCGCCCCUGUAUCUGGUAGCUGCAAUCCUCCGAAGGAGAAAAUUAGAUUACUACCUGCACAGACUACUGCCAGAACUCCUGAGGUCCACUUCCUUUCUAACUGCAAAUGGAAGCCUAUAUAUUGCCUUUUUCUGUAUACUAAGGAAGAUUCUGGGAAAAUUUUACUUCUGGAGUCCGGGGUUCGGUGCUGCUUUGCCUGCAUCUUAUGUGGCUAUACUGAUUGAAAGGAAAAGCAGGAGAGGAUUGCUGACAAUUUACAUGGCCAACCAGGCCUCAGAGACAUUGUUCCGCAUGGGCGUAACCAGAGGUUAUGUGAAGCCUAUCAGACAUGGAGAGGUUCUUUUGUUUUGCAUCACAGCUGCUCUCUACAUGUUCUUUUUCCGGUGCAAAGAUGGCCUCCAGGGGUUUGCCUUUUCAGCACUUAAAUUCAUUGUGGGAAAAGAAGAAAUUCCUGCUCAUACCCUGUUGCCUGAGACCUUGUAUGCCAAAACCGGGAAGAAGACCAAGGAACAGGAGGCGACGUCCCGGAGGAUAAAUAUAUUUGCUCUAACAAAGAAACUUAUGGACUCAAUAUGCAAACACGGGCCAAGGCACAGAUGUUGCAAGCACUACGAAGACAACUGUAUCUCGUACUGUGUUAAGGGAUUUAUACGAAUGUUCAGCGUUGGGUACUUGAUCCAGUGCUGCCUCCGCAUCCCAUCCACAUUCAGACAAGUGUUUACAAAACCCUCCCGCCUCUUCUCUCUGUUUUACAACAAAGAAAACUUCCAACUGGGGGCUUUUCUGGGGUCUUUUGUCAGUAUUUAUAAGGGUACAAGCUGUUUUUUGAGAUGGGUGCGUAACCUGGAUGAUGAACUCCACGCGCUUAUAGCUGGUUUUCUGGCUGGAAUCUCCAUGAUGUUUUACAAAAGCACCACGAUUUCCAUGUAUCUAGCAUCCAAACUGGUAGAGACCAUGUAUUUCAAGGGGAUUGAAGCCGGUCGGUGUCCCUAUUUCCCUCAUGCGGAUAGUAUCAUCUAUGCUGUGUCCACAGCCAUCUGUUUCCAUGCAGCUGUUCUUGAAGUUCAUAAUUUAAGACCGUCCUACUGGAAGUUUCUUUUGAGACUUACAAAGGGCAGGUUUACUUUAAUGAACAGGAAAGUCUUGGACGUCUUUGGUUCUGAAGCUUCUAAGAAGUUCCCCAACUUUAUACCUAAACUGGACCCAAGAUUCACCACCGUAAAACCAGAGUUACCGAUACAGUUCUCCUGAGCGCUCGUACUCUUCUCCUGUGACAGAAUGUGAAAAUCAAGAGUCUUAAAAUCAGAACAAAUUUUUUGGAGAGAAUCGAAGUGGGAACUGCAGUAUUAACUAAUUCUAGUUGACGAGGAUAAGUUAAUUCUUCUUGAACUUUUUUUGGUAGAUUGUCGAAUGAUCCUGAUAGAGAUUCAAACCAGACACCGAGAUGUCUCCAUUAUCCUGAGAAAUUAUUCAAAAAAAUGCAUUUAUAGUCAUUUAUAAUGGGAUAAAAUUAUUAUUGAUUGUAUCCAAGAUGAACUAACACCAGAUAAACAUCUUAUUAUUCCUCUACAUAAAAUAUUUAGCAGACUUCUCAAUGAGGUGUAGGUAACCGGAGCCUAUGUGGUCACCUACCCCAUGUCGUGGACCAAUGCAGGCAUGUGAUAGUAGGGGGUGUAGUACUUUUUGGUUUACGUCUAUGUAUUAAGGAAUGGUGGGCGCCUUCUCUAACAUUCAAUACAACAUUUUAAAAAUAUUUUCAAACAAUUUCAGCCAGUCAUGAGGUUUAGAAAAGUCCUACUUUAAGUAGAACUUUUGUCAAAAAGUAGCAUCAUGGUCCAAAAUGAAGGGCCUGAACGGUGAAUAAAAUUGGAAAUUGUUGAAAAAGAUCAUAUAAUUGAUAUUAUUGAACCUUCAUGAGUCAAGGAGGUGCUUUGGUUCUUGGGUUCUUUGGCUUUUUGUUGAAAAUAAUGAAUGUAGUACUUUAGUUUGCAUACAUUUUCCAUGAAGCAUUUCCUGAAAAAUACAUUUCCGUUCUCUUUCAUAAGAGUUAGUCAAGAAUUUGCAAUGGAAUUCCUAGAUUUCUAUCUUGCUUUGGUGAUUAGAUCGGGUAAGGCCACCGGUGUGUUCCGUCUUGUCUACUCGGUUAGGCUAGUCUUCUAGAUCUUCCUGGCCAUCAUGUUCCUUACUUGGAGGGAGACAGGGUGGUCCUCCACCUUCACAAAAGGUUUAUUUGGCUGGACAAUGACAUGAGGCAAGUAGUAGGAAUGGUCUUCUCCUGGGUUCCCAUGAAGCUGUUAUUCUGGAAGGAACCCAUGUUCUUGUGCUUCUGUUUUUGAGCUUACAGGGGCACUCCACUGGCCAGCGUUCGGAACAUUUAGUUCCGAAUGCUGUGUUCGCACUGCGCUG